AUGAGAGGGAGCACAGACAGACAUGCGAGGACGGGGGAGAGGGAAGCGGAUAAGGAGGCGCGGGAAAUGAAAACGGUUGUUGAUAUCGACGAGGAAACUCCGCUACUCGCGCCACCCAAUAGCGGAAUUGCGAUGGGAUCUGACGCCAGUAGAUACGGAAGCGUCGGAGGAGCAGAAAGGCUCCGGGGAAUGCAGGAGAUGGUUAUGGAUCGAGGUGGGAUAGGGAUAGCUGAGAUGGCAGGGAGGCCUGCUGGCAUGUCACGGAACCCUACUCGUCCUGGGAAAGCGGCGAUCGGGGAUGAAGAGGAGGCGGAGGACGAGCACCAACCGCAGUGCCGAAUCUGCCUCGAGAGUGACGGUGACGACCUCAUCGCGCCCUGCAAAUGCAAGGGCUCGGCGCGUUUCGUGCACCGUUCUUGUCUGGACCAAUGGCGGGCCACCAAGGAGGGAUUCGCUUUCUGUCACUGCUCCACGUGCAAGACGCGCUUCCACCUGCGCGUGUGCCCGCCGCCCGACCCGCGAUUCCGCCAUAUCAAGUUCAGAUUCUUUGUUGCGAGGGAUAUUGUGUUUGUGACGCUGCUGGUGCAGAUGCACACUCUCUCAUGCUCUUUCUUCCCUCCUCAAUCUUCGCCGACCCACCAGCUGAUUAUCUGCUUUGGCUUCACUGCAUACGUGGCGGAUUACUAUUUCGACAUGGGCUUGCAGAAAUCAUGGGGCGUGGAAAGCGCAGCAACGUUCUACUACAUUUGUGGUGAGAGAGGGAGUGAGAGAGGGAGUGAAAGAGGGAGUGAAAGAGGGAGUGACAGAGGGAGUGACAGAGGUAGUGAGAGAGGGAGCGAGAGAGGGAGUGAGAGAGGCGGUGAGAGAGAGAGUGAGAGAGGUAGUGAGAGUGGGAGUAAGAGUGGGAGUGGUGUGUGCUUCCAGGCAUAUGCGCCCCACCCGAUGCCGCUCUCUCCCAUGCCGUUUCUUAACCAAAUGUGCUGCUCAUUAUCAUCUCUUCCUAGUUUCUGCGUGCUGCUCUUCCUUGUGUCUGCCGGUCUCCUCGGUGCCAUCAUGACGUGUGUUGACCGCCGGUUCCCUCAACCAUCCCUCCCGGCAUUCCCCGUGUUGAAUCUUCUCGUGCGCCUGUCUUCUCCCCCCCAACCAGGCGUGCUGCUCUUCCUUGUGUGUGCCGGUCUCCUGGGUGCCGUCAUGACGUGUGUUGACCGCCGGAUUCGCAUCGAUCUGGCUGCUCCCUGGAGGGACCUGGAAGCCUGCUGCUGCGACCCGCGGUGA